AUGGCUGUGGAUAGCAAAAAUGCGGAGAAUAAUAAAACUGCUGAUAAAACUCUAAACUUAAAUGGUGGUAACUUAAAUGGAACUAAUGUAAUUAAGAAUAGUUUAAGUAAACCAAAAAUGGAAAAAGAGACCGAGAAAGUUGACGAAGAAAACUGGGACACAUUAAGUUAUUUUCAAAAAUUAAAACGAGUGAUAUCUCUCAUUACAGUAGAGCCCAUUUUAGCUUGCUACGUGAUGCCUUCAGUGUUGUCCAUUUUAGCGACUCAAAAUCUUUAUUUAGAAAAAGCGUGUCGAGUUAACCUUCAAUUCGAUCAACAUGUGUGUGAUGCAUUAACAAGAAGAGAGACAGCAAAUUACACAGCUGAAGAGGAGGCAGUACAAACACUAGUGGCAUCAGUAACUGGUUGGAAAACUGUAUUGCAAUCAUUUUUACCCUGUGGAAUAUUGAUAUUCCUUGGAGGAUAUAGUGACAAAAUUGGACAAAGAAAAUUUUGUAUGCUGCUACCUAUAAUUGGGGAGUUACUGACGAGUUUAGGACUCAUAGUGAAUACAUAUUUUUUUUACGAAUUGCCCGUAGAAGUAGCAGCCGUGACCGAAGCUAUUUUUCCGGCGUUGACGGGAGGAUGGUUUACAAUGUUCAUGGGAGUGUUUAGCUAUAUAGCGGAUAUUACAACAGAGGAACAAAGGACGUUGAGGAUAGGAAUAGUGAAUUUGUUCCACUCCGUGGGAGUGCCAGUAGGGGCGGCUCUUAGUGGGAUAUUAGUGCGCAAAAUUGGACUGUACGGUGUCUUCUGUGUAAGUUCAACAUUGUACGUUGUGAGUUUCAUAUAUGGCUUUUUUCGAAUCAAGGAAGUGAAGAAAUCAGAUCCAUCUGUGAAACCACCAACAAAUUGUUGUGAAUGGCUGCGUACUUUCUUCGAUGUUCGGUACGUCAAGGAGACCCUGAUGGUAGCAUUUAAACGAGGCCCAAACAAUCGGAGACUGAGGGUCAUCAUGCUUGUGGCUGUGAUGUGUGUUAUUAUUGGGCCUAUUUAUGGUGAAAUGUCCGUUCUGUAUCUUUUUACUAGAUACCGGUUUAACUGGGACGAAGUGGAUUACAGCAUGUUCUGUACUUAUGCAAUGGGUACUGCUUUAAUAGGUACAUUAUUCUCCGUAGGUGUCUUCAGUCAUUUAUUAAAGUUCGACGACGCAAUCAUAGGCGUAAUAUCGUGCACUAGCAAAAUAUUAUCAGGAUUUAUGUAUGCCUUUUCUACGAAGACAUGGCAUAUUUACAUAGCUCCACUGAUUGAAAUAUUUAAUGGUACAUCAUUUAUAGCCAUGCGGUCUAUGGUCUCCAAAUUGGUGGACAGAGAUGAAUUAGGUAAAGUGAACUCUUUCUUCGGCGUCGCUGAAGCAAUGAUGCCAUUGAUAUACGCACCGAUGUACACCACGCUUUAUACAAAAACUUUAAAAACAUUCCCGGGGGCGUUCUUCAUACUUGGCGGCGGUCUCACCUUGCCAGCAGUAGUUAUAUUCUUUUGGCUGUGGUUAGCUAAUAAGAAACACAACGUAGACCACGCACCGCCCAAAUCGAGUGAAAUCAACGAAAAAUCCGGAAUAGAAAAUAAAGCUUUUGAAGCUGAAGACAGCGAGAAGAAAGCAGAUUGUAACCAAAAAGUCGAUUCUAAAGACAGUGUCACACAAUCACAAAUAGAAAUGGGAUUUUUAGAGAGUAUUGUAAAUAAUAGUUACACUACAGCUGUUACCAGCCCAAUCCCAAGUGCAUUUAUUGAUUAG